AUGGACGUCGACGAGGAGAGCGCCUCCAGCAGCGAUUCGAGCAGCGGCUCCGAUAGCGACUCGGAUAGCGACUCCAGCAGCGACUCCAGCAGUGAGUCAGAGGCUGAGAAGAAGCCCCAAAAGGCGAAGAAGGCGCCUGUAAAGAAGGAUGAUUCGAGCUCGUCGAGUUCGGAUUCGAGCUCAGACUCUUCCGACUCGGAG